AUGUCCGAAAUAAGUUCUCUGUUGUCUCGAAGGGGGCUACUUAAAAGCCAACUAACGCGUUUCAAUAACUUUGUUCGAGCCGCUCAAGCAACAGAAAAUAUAGAUGUUAUACAAUUAAGAUUGAGAAAAGAAAAAAUAAAUGAAGUUUGGCAAGAUUUCGAAACAGUCCAAACUUCUAUAGAAGAGAUUAGUGCUAAUGAGGAAACCGAAAAAUAUAGAGCUAGUUUUGAAGACUUAUAUUUUGAGAGUGUUGCCGUUUGCAACAAUUUAAUUAUCAAUCAUACCGAAAAAUCGUUGAAUAAUGACAGUUCGAAAGCAAGUACCGUUUCGGCUGGUACGUCGAAAUUUAUGCCGAUGGUAAAACUAGCUCCCCUAGAAAUACCAAAUUUCACUGGCAUUUAUUCCGAAUGGCCAGCCUUUCACGACAUAUUUUCCGCGUUAAUGCAUCAAAAUUCUUCUCUCACUGAUAUACAAAAAUUCUUUUAUUUACGUUCGUCAGUGUCUGGAGACGCUCAAAAAACUAUUCAAUUUUUGGACACUACGUCGGAUAACUAUAAAAUCGCGUGGGACGCUCUAAUUUCGCGGUACAGUAAUAAAAAACUCACUGUACAACUUCAUACAAAAAAGUUAUUUGAUUUAGAAAAUAUAAAUAACGAAUCGUCAUUUGAGUUGCGUAAGCUCGUCGAUGCGAUUAACGGUCAUAUUAAGGCUCUCACGUCGUUAGGCCAUAAUCCAAAAGAAUGGGGAUCACUUCUUUUACAUGUUAUUUCUAUAAAACUGGACGCGAGCACAUUAAGACAGUGGGAAAUAGAAUCGUCGAAUUCAGAAGUCGCCUCGGUGAAUGCAUUACUAGAAUAUUUAGAAAAUCGGUGUCAGAUACUAGAAGCCAUAGAGGCGUCGGGAGGACUAAAAAUAGUACAGCCUCAGCAGCGUCAAUUUAAAAAAAAUAGCUUCAAAUUUAAAAGGUCUAAUGAUCAAUCGUCCUCAUUCGUCGUUACGGGAACUUUGAAAUGCUAUAACUGUGACGGCGAACAUACUAUUUAUAAAUGUCCAGCUCUAUUAGCGUUUUCAAUAUCCGAUCGCAUAAAACGAAUAGGCGAACUAAAGCUGUGUAAAAUCUGUCUUCGAAAUCACAUCGGUGAGAAAUGUACUUCACGGCGAUGUGCCAAAUGCAUGAAAGCGCAUAACAGCUUGUUACAUCUACCCAAGUCUAAACCGAUCAUGGCGGGCGGUUCCGAAAAUGCAACAGCAUACCGAACAACAAACACUGUCGCGAGCGAUUCAAAGAAAGAAAAUGUGUCCAAUCUCGAAUCUAUUAGUGCUCAUUCGUCCCAACAAAGUUCAAAUAAACAAAUUUUAUUGUCAACCGCAGUCGUUAUCUUGAGGAACACGCGCGGGGAAUCAACAGCAUGUCGUGUACUGCUUGACUCGGGAUCCCAAAAUUUCAAAUUCCGGCUGAAUUUAGCCGAUCCGUCUUAUAGUGAACCACAAAGAAUCGACGCUAUUUUAGGUUCGGAAGUAUUUUAUGAAUUAUUGCGUGCAAAUCAGUUUAAACUUCCUCAAUCCAAUUUAAUUAUGCAAGAAACGCAAUUGGGUUGGAUUGUAGCUGGGUCAACACAGCCACGGGAAGAUAUCAGUAAAACAUCAACCGUCGCGUUAUGUACAAGUUUAUCAAAGCUCGAACAACAAGUUUCAAAAUUUUGGCGCACAGAAGAAAUUGGUUCAAAUAAGACAGCGUUCACAUUGGAGGAAAAGGCGUGCCGUGAACAUUUUGAAAAUACUGUGCAGCGAGAUGAACAAGGCAGGUUUGUAGUUCAGCUACCAUUUCGAGAUAAGGCGAAAAAAUUAGGUGAUUCGAAACCAACAGCUACGCGGCGUUUCCAUGGUCUUGAGAAAAGAUUAUUAACCAGCUCUCAACUCAAAAUCGAAUACUCGAAAUUUAUGAAAGAAUAUGAAGAUUUAGAACAUAUGACUAGAGUUAAACUAUGUUCAAACAUCAAAGAAAGUUAUUAUUUACCACAUCACACAGUUUGGAGAGAGGACAGUGUAACUACUAAAUUAAGAGUGGUGUUCGAUGCAUCAUGCAAGACCACAUCGGGAGUCAGUUUAAAUGACGUUUUGCUAAAGGGUCCUUGCAUUCAAGAAGAUCUUAUAAAUUUGUUGACUCGUUUUCGUAAGCAUAGAUAUGCAAUGACUGCUGACAUCUCCAAGAUGUACCGUCGAAUAUGGGUAGCUCCGAAUCACAGAACCUAUCAACAAAUAGUUUGGAGACCGGAACCCGAUCAAGAAUUGCAUCAAUUCCAAUUAAAUACAAUAACGUAUGGCACAGUCCUUGCAUCGUUCCUCGCAACCGCAUGUCUACAUCGUUUGGCUGACGAAGAAUCAAACUUGUAUUCUAACGCUUGUAAUGCAAUUAAACAGGACUUUUACAUGGACGAUUAUCUGGGUGGUGCCAAAUCUCUGCAAGAGGCAAUAACAUUGCGUAACGAAAUCAUAGAAGUGUUACAAAAGGGCGGAUUUGAACUUAGAAAAUGGACAGCCAGCGAUCCCGCACUUCUUACCGGUCUUGAAAAUAAAGAAAAUGAUCCGACAUUAAUCUUGGACUUAUCCAAAAACUCUGCCAAUAUUUUAGGUUUUCGGUGGGAUCCGUCAGGUGACGUUUUCAAGUAUAAAGUGAAACUCGCGGAAAGAAAAACUAUUGUUACCAAACGUCAAAUACUGUCAGAAAUAGCGACUAUAUUUGACCCACUGGGUCUAAUUAGCCAUGUUGUUAUAAAGGCUAAAAUAAAGAUGCAACGUUUGUGGACAAUAGGCAUUGGAUGGGAUGAAACAUUGCCAGAGGAGAUAAUGUUGGAUUGGUACAAAUUUCGAGAAAUUGUAGAUGUACAAAUACAUGGAUUUUCAGAUGCAUCGAUUGAAGCGUUCGGUGCUUGUUUGUAUCUUAUAACAACAAAUAAUCAAGGCAAGCGUAGUUUACGUUUAAUCUGUGCUAAAUCACGCGUAGCCCCUUUAAAAUCGAUUUCACUACCACGUCUAGAACUAUGUGGAGCUGUCCUUUUGGCGCGUUUAGCUGACAAAAUAAUUGCGAAAUUAAAAAUGAAUAUCAGUCAAAGGACAUUCUGGACGGACUCUUCAAUAGUUCUUGCUUGGAUCUCUUCACCAUCGGCGCAGUGGAAAACAUUCAUCGCUCAUAGAGUUGGUGAGAUUCAAGAAAUAACAUCCAUAUCCGAAUGGGCGCACGUACAUACUAAAGACAACCCGGCAGAUAUUAUUUCCCGUGGUCGAGAACCUCAAAUGAUGUUAAAUGACAGUUUUUGGUGGGAGGGUCCUAAUUGGCUUCAGUGUGAUUCAUCUAAAUGGCCGCAUAUAAACAAAAAUCAAAUCAACUUCGAUACAGUUGAAGAACGUCGAACAAUUAGUUUGCCCACGUCUGAACGUCUUAUACGGGUAGUAGCUUUGUGUUUACGAUUUAUUUAUAACACUGCUCAUCCAAAUGACAAAAAAAAACGGGUCCUCUGCUGCCAUAUGAUCUAA